GUUUUGGGCUUGGACUCUUCCAAGUGCGAUAGCCAAUUAUCCCACCGCUUUUCCCAGUCGCUUCGCCAUUCGCACUCUCUUCUUCUCUAUAACCAGUGGUGAUGUUGCUUAAUUUUCCAUGACCCAACAACUGUCUUUCCUUCUUCCCUCUGCAACAAUGGGCGCCUCAUCCGUGUGCUUUCACUCCUCAACCAAUGUCCGCGGUCUAUCUGUGGUCGAUAGGCACCAAAUUCCAUUCAGGCAUUUCGACAAACAGGUGAAGUCCCGUUUGAUGGUUUUCAAUUCCCCCCUUCACCUAAGGUUUUCUCCAUUGAUAACUCGUCCGAAUGGUUCUACUAAUUCGCCUCCUACCUUGUUUGUCUCGAGAAUGAUGAGAUUCGUGCCCAAGUGUUCAUCUUCUGAUGCAGUUAGCUCAAAAUCCCCGAACCCAUUUCUUAAACCCUUCGAAUUUUUCUCGUUUGAUUCACUGCAAGGUACCCUUUCUCGAACAACCCCUUUUGAUGUCGUUAAGUGGUCUGGGGUGCUAGCGAUUUCAAUUGUAGCUGUAAAAUCGACUUUGAAUUUGUUUUUCAAUCCCUUCUUCUGGAUGUAUUUCAGCUGGACUUGGCUGUUCUGGCCCUGGAUUGUGGCUUUUGCGACGGCCGCCUAUGGAUUAUACUGCUUGAGAAAGCACCUAAUUGGCGAAGCCAACAUAUUCGAGCAACUUUCUAUCGUUACUUCCUUAUUCACUUGGCUAACCCUUGUCCCGCCUGCCUAUUUCAAUGGAUUCCUUGAAGGAUGGCCUUUCGUGUUCUUCUUUGUAUAUCACUAUUUCUUUUUCUUCAAUGUUAGCAUUCGAAAAAGGUUAUAUGGGGAUUACUUUGUUCGUCCUCAUGAUCCCAAGUGGGAUGUGAACAUGCCAAAUUUGUAUCGCUUACUGUUCUCUGUGGGUAUCAUGGUUGGACAUUGGCUUGCUGCAUUUGAAGGACCAGAGCUUCAUCAAGUUCCAGGCGGGUGGAGCAAUGUGGGCAUUUGGAUUUUGAUACUGAUAACUCUUCUAACUCACUACAAUUCCUCAUUGUAUCUUGCAAAGUACUCGGAAAAGGUCGUGGUGCCUACCGCUGUUGUGCAUUUUGGACCUUACCGGUGGGUUCGCCAUCCUAUAUAUGCAUCCACAAUGCUUCUUUUCGCAACUUACUGUGCUGCCCUUCGCGCGCCUGGUAGCAUGCUUUUUAUAGUAGCAGUUUGCUCACUAUACUAUGGCCAGAAAGCAAAAGCAGAAGAAGCUUUGAUGGUUGAAACUUUUGGAGAGGGGUAUGUAGAAUAUGCAAACAAAGUUAGGUACAAGUUUAUUCCCUUUGUUUAUUAGUUUACUUGCCAUCAUGGUUCAUAAGUAUUUACGGUUGAAUUUCAAAUUUUACAUCUGAGCUUGAUUUAGGUUUGAAAAGUGAACGUUGUAUGAAUGAAAUGCAUUAUUGUUUAUCCUGCCAGGAUAGAAAUUUGAAUUAAAUCAUCUCA